GUUCCGCCGUGGGUAGAGAGAGGGUUAGUUAGCUUAGCUUCACCUCGACAGGCAACGCUCGCACGUUUUUUCACUUCGCUUACACUCAACUUUGACUGUGGACGGGCUUUUCCUUCUGGAAACGUCUCUAUUCGCGGUCUGUUAAUUCAGUUUUAACCUGGUCAUGUCGGUACGUCUUUCCUCCCCUCAGCUGCGUUAAUGGCAUUUUACGGUGACAUACGGAUAUUUUUGUAGCGAAACAAAAAGGGGCUGCUGGGGGUGAAGUGAACCUUAGCAAGCUAGCUAGCGAGCUAGUGGCUAGCUGGCUGCGCUGCCUGAGCUCGGAGUGGUGUGGCGUUAGCGGGCGUUAACUGGCUCAGCUGAACGCGAACCGAGCUGUUUGCUCUGCUCUGAGGGGGCAGCAGCCAGCUUUCCGUUUGAUGGAUCCUCGAAUCGCCUGGUUUCAGCCAGAACAGCGCGGACCCGCCAACAGCUUGUGGAUGCAGAUUUGGGAGACCACGCAGGGCCUCGGCAACUUGUACUUCAACAACAGCAGCAGCAGCAACAACAACUACGGCGCGGGUCCGGCCACACCAAGCCCGAAAGUGAACGGCGACGGUGGCGGCUCAUCGAGCGGCGGAAUCGCGGCGGACGGCAAGAGCAGUGAGGUGAAGGCGCAGGGCAUGUCCGGCUCCAGGGCCGACAGCGACGUCGCGGAGCAACGGGACUUUUUACCUCUGGAGACAAACAACAACCAGAACAACGGGCGAACCGCGGGCAGGGGCGGCGUCGGCGGCGGCGGAGGAGCCGCAGGGCAGCUGGUCACAGCUGGGGUCACUGCGGCGGCUCACCGUAACAAGAGGAAAAGAGAGAACAAGGCGAGCACGUUCGGCUUCAACAGGAGCCUGCUCCUGCAUGGCUGCGGGCCGGAGGACGAGGCAUACACGGGCACGCCGUGGAAGACCAGAAACUACACGGAGGGCAUCGUGGGGCUCCAUGAGGAGAUAAAAGACUUCUAUGAGUACAUGUCUCCUCGGCCAGAGGAAGAGCGGAUGAGGCUGGAGGUUGUCGACAGAAUCCAGAGAGUCAUCAAGGACCUGUGGCCCAGUGCAGAUGUCCAGGUGUUUGGCAGUUUCAGCACUGGCCUGUAUUUGCCUACAAGUGAUAUAGACCUGGUGGUGUUUGGACACUGGGAGACACUUCCUCUGUGGACACUGGAGGAGGCACUACGUAAAAGGAAUGUCGCAGAUGAGAACUCUGUGAAAGUGCUUGAUAAAGCAACGGUUCCCAUUAUCAAACUGACUGACUCACACACUGAGGUCAAAGUGGACAUCAGCUUUAACGUGCGCAGUGGAGUGAAGGCUGCCAAUCUUAUCAAAGACUUCAAAAAGAAAUUCCCUGUGCUGCCAUAUUUGGUGCUGGUGCUAAAACAGUUCCUACUGCAGAGAGAACUGAAUGAGGUCUUCACUGGAGGAAUUGGAUCCUACAGCCUGUUUCUCAUGGCUGUUAGUUUCCUACAACUGCACUACAGAGAGGACGCAUGUAGUCCGAAUUCCAAUAUGGGCGUCCUGCUAAUAGAGUUUUUUGAGCUAUAUGGCCGGCACUUUAACUACCUGAAGACAGGCAUCCGGAUAAAAGAUGGCGGCUCAUAUGUGGCCAAAGAUGAAGUGCUGAAAGGCUUGCAGGAUGGAUAUAGGCCAUCCAUGCUGUACAUCGAGGAUCCGUUGCAGCCAGGAAAUGACGUUGGCAGGAGUUCAUAUGGGGCCAUGCAGGUGAAACAAGCAUUUGAUUAUGCAUACGUUGUUCUGAGCCAUGCUGUCUCUCCUAUUGCCAAGUACUACCCUAACAACAAGUCUGAGAGCAUUCUGGGCCGUAUAAUCCGCGUCACUCGGGAAGUAGCAGAGUACCGUGAUUGGAUCACAGAGCAAUGGGGCGGGCAGUCUCAAAGUGAGCCUGCCCUCAACUGCAAUGGAAAUGAUGUCACCCUCCUCGUGGAGCCUCAGGAGCUUGAUGAGUGUAAUAACAACCUAUCUGACGAGGUUGUGGUCCUUCCUCCUGCCCCUAGGAGCAAAGCAUCCUCCAACUCUUCCUCCCCUCCUCCCUCCUCACCUUCAUCGCCAUCUUCAUCAUCAUCAUCACCCUCUCCUUCCUCUACAGCGUCCAGUGAUGCGGAUUCUGAUGGAACACCCUGUAAGACAGUGAAACAGCUGGCCGUGCGGGGCUCCAGUGCUCACAGAGACAACCCUGAAAGGCAUCUGACCAAUCACAGAGCACAGAAUCACUCCAUGACUGCACCCACUACCAGCCUCAAAGGCAGCAAGCAGAGCCGGCAGUUUCGGCCAAGCAAAAGCUCUCAAGGUCAGCAGAGCAUCAACAACAAAAGCCACCAAAGCAGCAAGGGCCAUCACCAAGGCAACAACAAAAGGAGGAAACCUCAGCGGGAGGCGGUGCAUGAUGACUUGUGCAGAUAGGGGGUGCUGUUUUUCCAGACUCACACAAGCGAGUUCUUCCACAGCCACAGGGGGGCGCUGGCAGUGGUACUCUUUACCCCUGUCUGAGGGAUAUGCGAUUUUUUUUUUUUUUUUUUUUUUUUUUUUUUAAAGCAGUUCAAAAAAAGCAAAAGAACAAAAAAAAAAAAAAUCAAAUGGGGUGGAGUUCCAGUGGCUUAAAUCAUGCAGGAGAGGUUUAAUUUCCUCCACCACUGGCUUCUGUACUGCUUCUUCUACCUGUGGUGGAACUGUGCCUGUCCUUUUCCCUGCAGAACCCCCAAGUGGUGUGGAGGACCAAGGACUUGGAGAGAUGGCGACUCAAGGAGCAACACCUUGAAGCCCUGGACUUAACGCCUCACUAAGGAAAAUUAAAAGAAAAAAAUAUAUAAAAGACUCAAAUAAAAAAAAGUUAUAUUAAGGUAAAUGAGAUUUUUAAAAUGAUAAAGAUGCAUAUAAAAAAACAAAAAAAAUGCAGUGAGUUUCAGGACAGGAAUUAUGCAUGAAGGUUUUUUGUUGCCUUUUUUCCUUAUUGAUGAGUGGAAAUCUUUUGUCGUGUGCUGAUUCGAUGGAUUUAUAGAGAAAAAAAACAACAUAAGUAAGAAAAAAAACAUUCAAAAAUGGAUAAAAGCCUCUAAAAUAUAAGGAAAUUUUCAUAUGAAUUUUUACAGGAUCAUCAAGAUUUUGACACUGCGUAGACGCACGCGCACUAACUACAAUUUCACAAAGCCAAGCUAGGAGUUAGGUUCUGUUGCCAACAUUCAUCAUCAGCAUCAUCAAAUAAGCUCACAGGACAAAUUAAAAGUGACAUGAAUCAUUUAUUAUACUUUAUUACAUGUCUUCUUGCCCUAAUAACUGACAGUUGUCUUUAAAGUCUGGUGAUUUUGCUGCUCAGUCAAACUGUUCCAGCAUUGCAAUAUCUUCUGAACCAGGCAGAUACAGACACCCUGUAGUUGCCAUCUUAUAAUGUGGGAGUGUCGUUUAGGGGUAAAUAAUUUGGGGGAAAAUUGAUAUUGCAGUUAAAAUGUGAAUUUUUUUCCCCUCUUCUGUACAGUAAACUCUGGCCAAAACUUCUUUUUUGGCCAAGAAGACCAGCACAUUCAUUUUUUCAGACUCAUGCUUAAAUCUUGAGGGCCAUAUACCAGACUUUCUGUUCUCAAACGCUGUGUUAAGUUAAAUUUCCCCAGUUGCAACUUGAAUGUUGAUCAGUGUAGGAUGGAGUUAAAAUUGCAGCUCUUGCGAAUUGUAAAAAAAAAAAACUUUCAAAUUGCAGAUUAGAUGUAAAAAUGCUUCAUUGUUCAUCCCUAAUGUCAAUGUUGUGUUCUGCUCAGACAUGAAGCACAAAAUUAAUGGAAGAGUGGGCUAAAAUGUGCUGGUCUAAUUCUAAUGAAAAAACACUUUUUAAGGUAAAUGGAUAUUUAACCAAGAAAUGAUUCAUGCAACAAUUGUUUUGCCUGGGGAGCUUGUUUGUGUGUGAGUGUGUGUGUGUGUGUGUGUGUGUGUGUGUGUGAGUUGCGUGUAUAUGUUUGUUUUUGCGUUUGCAUGUGUCUGAAUUCUGUAUUAAUGUGUUUGUAAAGCAGUCUCUUUCUAAAUGAAUUUACAUUUGUGAUUUAUGUUUAUGUGGUGCAUGAGAGUCCGUAUAUAUGAUGGUGUUUGAGAUGGCUUGUGUGAGCAGGCCAGUCUUAUGCACACUCACUCACACACAUGCAUAGACAGCCUUACAUAUACAUAUAUAUGCUAUUUUUUCCACUGGCUGUUGACAGAAUAGUCGCACUGGUGUACAACAGCAACUAUCUCGACCGUUUCCAUGGCCUACGUGCACUAAUAGAGAGAGAAUAUUUUAGAAAUCAUUUUCCCAGCUGUACUUCUGUACUUUGAGUGGCUGUCCCCCAGGUCAUUUGUAAUUGUGAGUGUAUUUCUUUUUAUGAAAGACUUAACAAUCAGAAACGGUUUCAAUGUGACGGUAGAACUUAGAGGCCACGUAUGUCUCUGUGGGCCGUUUGGUUUUGGUAUAUUUGGUCCUGUGCCGAGUCACUGAGAAUUUAAAUGCCUCCUUUUUCUGCUUUCAAGGAAUAUUGAGUGACCAAGUUACUUUGUAAAAGUUGAGAGAGACCAUUUUAAUAGUCAGAUAGCAAAGUUAUUUUAAUAUGUGGCUGGUCUACUUACUUUAAAAAAAAAAGGGAGAGUAGUGUUUUUUUUUUUUUGGUGAUUUUAUUAUUUUUUUUAUAUUAUUAUUUAAAUUCUUUUUUCCAUCAAAGUCCUGCUUAAGACUCCUGUCCUAGUAAACUGAAUUAUCACUGCAGUACAUCAGCUGACCCCUAGGUGGUGGUGCAACCCAAUUUUUUAUUUUUGCAGAGGUUCCAGAUUCAAAUGUAAUACCUGUUUUGAUUUGAUUGUUCAUCCAUAUGAAUAAUUUAGCUUGAUGUUCACAAAUAUGCCCUCAGAUGAAGCUGACGUAGUUGGUACCAUCACAUGGCAGAAGAUUUGAAACCUCUGAAGGAGGCAGAAAAAGCAUUUUAAGGGUAAUCGGUGUAGAAAUCUUUAUACACACCAAUCCAAUGCCAAUAUUCAUGGUUUCGGCUGAAAUGUAUUCAUAAUAACCCAUGCAAUAAAAACCACAGCACAAUUAUCAAAAACAAAA